CGCAGGUGGAAUUUGCGCCUGGUCGCUCUGAUCAUAGCCGAAGGGGAAAGACUGCGUGUUGGACGGAGCGCCUCUAGGACUGGCGGACAAGAGAGCGGAAGCCCGAGCAUGAACCAGUGCUGAGAGGACGAAGCCUUGUCCGUUACAUGAUGUUUUACUGCAAACGUCCCUGCACAACUGGACAUGAGCAUCAGUCUGGUAAAGGCUAGACGUGGGCUGGACGUUUUUGGUUCAUUGUCAGUUUAUCAUAUCAGUUUAUCAGUUUAUCCUGCCACUUUCAGUACCUAUGGCCAGGACAUGCAUAGUGUGUAAUGAUUUGAAAGGACUGUUUUGAAAGCCUGCUGACCCAUCAAAGCCAGGGAAUUGGGGUUGUAGAGAUUUCACUGCAGGCUCUUUAAAGGCACUCUGUGAUGGAUGAAGUUGCUGUCAACGAAUGUGUCCCGGAUUUAAAAGACCUGGAGGUGAAAGUGGGAAGGAAGACACCCGAGGGGCUGCUGAAAUGGAUGCGGCAGGAGGCAGGGCUCCAGGGCCACCCCAAGCCCAGCUGCCCCGAGAGUGGCCACUCAGAGAAGAAGGGUCUUGAUGAAAAGAUCAGGAGACUCAAAGUGGAGAUGGCUCACUUGCGGGCGGUGGAUGUGCGGAUCCUACAGCAGCUGCUGGCACUGCAUGAGGGCAUCGAGGCAGUGAAAUGGCUGUUGGAGGAGCGUGGGCCACUGACUAGCCACUGCAGCAGCCUAACCAGUAGCCAGUACAGCCUGGGAGAGGGCCCAGACACCUCGUGGAGGGGCAGUUGGAGCAGCCUGCAGGAUCCCCACGACAAGCUGGACAACAUCUCCAUCGGCAGCUACCUGGACACGUUGGCGGAUGACCUGGACGAGUACUGCCCUUCCAGCGGGGCGGACUCUGUGGUAUGCCCCGCCCAACAGGGCACGGAAACGUCACAGGUGAAAAAUCAAAAGGUAAAACUGGACGUCCCUAAAGAAGAUCCCCAAGCGAGGCAGGCCAAAACAGCACCCGAAGCUGGGAGACCUUCUUCUGUGGUCAGCCGUGACUCCAAUAAUCCAGAAGCCAACAGGAGUGAUAAUGGAGUCCUGGACAGUGCAUUGAAGAGAGCUGCUGAGAUGGACUCCCCCAAGGCCCGUCUUGCUGAGAAGCUGGGGAAGAACCUCAGCCCUAAAGGCAAAGCGUAUAAAAAUGGCAAGGUGGAGCUGGAAAGCUGUAAAAUGAAUGGUAAAGUGCACUUGGAGUAUGACGCACACUGGCGCUGGGUGCAGUCGCAAGACGAUGUGACCUUUUUGUGAGGACUGAAGUGACAUAGCAAAAGGUGCUGAACUUUCAAGUUGGACAGAUGCACUGGAAAAAGUGAUGCAUUCACUUUUAUUCAAAUGUGUACAUCUCCACAUGAAGGAAACUGACACUCAAAACUGUGUUGAUGUAAAAUUGUGCAUUCAUGUGGAAAUGAUGUACAGUUGUGCGCAAAAGUUUGAAC